AUGAGUGCGUUAAAGAGCUUGUUUAUGGUUGGGCCAGUAUUGACGUUGAAGUUGAAGGAAGGUGAUUUGCCUGAUGUCGAUCAACUCACUCAGUACCAAAUCACUUGUUUGGAUGACAAUGAACGAUUUGCAAUUCUUGUUGCAAUGUUCAAACUUCGCUUAAUUGUUGGGAGGACUAUUAUUUUCGUAAAUGAUACAAAUCGUUGUUAUUUAACAUCCUUAGUUUUGCGGGCGUUCGGCUUGAAGUCCUGCAUUUUGAAUUCUUCUAUGCCUGCCAAUUCUCGAUUUCAUGUCAUCAAUCAGUAUAAUAAUGGUGCUUGUGAUAUCGUCAUUGCUUCCGAUGCUUCCGAUGCUUUCGGUAGUGAAGCUAUCCAACCAAAAGUGUCGGGUCGUCGAGAUAAGGAGUCCGGCGUUUCGCGCGGAAUCGACUUCCAUCAAGUGGGCAAUGUUAUCAAUCUGGACUUUCCGACAUCUACAGACAAUUAUAUCCACCGAGUUGGAAGGACAGCAAGAGGAAGAAACAAAGGCACUGCUUUGUCAUUCUGCACCCCUGCCGAACGACCGUGUUUAGAUACCGUUCAAGAGGACAUCAAUACACAAAGUUAGCA